UGACAGCACCCUCUCUGUGACUUACUUGUAAGAAGAAGUCUGCCACUGAACAUGUAUGCAAGCUUCGUAGUGAGUGGUCGGCUAGUUUGAUUGGUGGUUUAACUACAAUAUUUCAUCACUGUUGCAAAAAUGAGCUGAGUCCCUAAAAAGGAAACAAGUAAAACAGGCAGUCCAACCUUUUUUCAGUCAUCUUACCAGAGUUUUGCUUCUAAGGAAGAGGUUCUCUUUAAAUGGUUGGGAAAUAACAUCGUCCUGAAGGGUAAAGUUGGUGUAACUGAAGCACUCCAGGAUUUAGUCAAACAAAAAUUGUUUUAAGGUAUCAGCACCAUAUCUGUGUCAUAAAAGGAAUUUGAGGAAUAAAAAAAUGGGAUCAAGUCCCUCCAAACCAAUGACAAGCACUGAAGAACCAUACAGCACAUCAACAGAAGCCACACACGCUGGUAUACCAGAUUGCCCAAUUGCUCUCGAGAAAAUAUACCCUUACUUACUUAUGGCAUUUGUUGCUGGGGUCCUUCUGACGCUUCUGGUCACUGCCAUCAUCUUCGUCAUCAAGAAGAGCUGUUCCAAACAUCCAACCAGCGGCUCCCAGGCAAUUCCCCUGGCCUCAGACCCUUCCCACACGUGUUGCCCCACUGCUGAGGAGGCCCUUACCUGUGCUGACAUGUCUCUCAAAGAUUCAGGAGAAAACAGAGUCUGCUUUACCCAAAACCAGCAUGAAGAAUUGGACCCCAUUGUCUAUGCACAAAUCAAAGUGCAAACCAAAACCAGCCUUCCCAUCAGUGGAAGUGGGGAGAUGCGCUAGACCUGAUGGCCCCGCCCUGAACUGUUUUCUCUUUUCCAGAUUUUGGUCCCUUUCAUCUUGUGCAUCCCAACAAUCCCUAUAUGGUUGUGACAUAUUUAAGUACUUAAUCUAGUAAUUUCUUUUUCUUUUUCUUUUUUGGUGAGGCAAUCAGGGUUAAGUGACUUGCCCAGGGUCACACAGCUAGUAAGUGUCAAGUCUGAGGCCAAAUUUGAACUCAGGAUCUCCUGAGCUGCCCCUAAUCUAGUCAUUUCAAAAUUAGCCAUAGAAGGGAUUGCUGAUCCUCUGGCUUUGACUCAGUCUGUAAGACCAUGGAAAGUAGGGACUAUGUGUCUUUUGUAGACUAUUAUAGCUCCAUGCAGCAUAUAAAGCUCAGUGAGUGCAAUUAAUGGUGUUAAGUGACUUUGGAGGAGCAGCUGGAAAAUUCCAAAUAAAGACACCUUAUACAACCUUGGAUUUUUCUUGAUAGCUCAUGCCUGAGCCCCCCAAACAUUCUCUAAAGUUCAGAACCACAAGAUCACAGGCCCUCAGGAAAAGGAGUCAGUUACCACAAUGGCAAGGAAAAGCCAGAAGCCAGAAAUGGGAUUAAGUGCAAUUUCUAAGGGAUUAGGAAUCUGAGGGAGAAAAGAGACAGAGGAAGAAUAAUCUGAGUAAAAGUCAUUACAUCCUUCCUCUUACAGUAGACUUAUAGGCAAAGAAAAGGCUACAAUGAGGGAAACCAAGUUUGGGAAAAUGGUUAAUAGUAAGCAGGAAAAUGGAACAUAAGCUAACCUAACCAGCCCCAUGAUGGCAGUGGAGCCCAAGAGAACUUUCCUCUUUGUUUCUGCUGGGCUGUUUGUCUCAGCAAGGGAGCUGGGGGUUUUCCCUAACUUCUGUGUGAGGUUCAAUUCCUCAUCCUCCUCUGUUGAAGGAACAUACUUUAUAAAGAGAUAUGAAAAAACAGAA